AUGGCGGGCACGGCCUUGCGCGACCUCGACCGGGCCUUGAGUGCGGCAACCAGGGUCAAUGAGCAAAAGGUCUCAUCGCUGCUGAAUUCACAAAACAGGCUGCGCUGCGAGAACGCGGCGCUGAAGCGCUCGGACCUCGAGCGGCGCAGCGCCUCCCAGGGCCGAGGGGCUGCCUUAGCCAAGUCCGAGAGAGAGCUGCUGGAGCAGGAUACCGUCCUGCGUGCGUUCUACAACUUCCUCGGCAAGGAUGGGGCAGCUGCGGCUUGA